GGCAGUGGAGAGGUCAUGGGUCAGAGUGCAGGAAUGCGCAUGUCGCUGCUGAGGGAGAGUAGCGGAAACAGAAACAUGCUGCAAAGUUUUACGUGUAUGUUUACUAAGUGUAGUCGUUUUUAAUUAUUCACCAGCACAAACAUGAGCUCAAAUAUUACAGACGCCUCGCAAAGCGAGCUCAUCAAUUUAAUAUACCAUCACUUAAAGGACAACGGGUACAAGAAGGCAGCGAGGUCGCUAAGAAAACACGCGCCCCAGGUUGAGACCAAUAAAGUGAAGGCCUCCCUGACUGACAUCUUUAAGAAGUGGGCCAGCUCAGAUGACGACGCUCCUCCAGUGCCUUCUGGUGUUCAGACUCCUGAGCUGAAGAGUCCAGUGAAGAGAAAGACUGGAGCAGGAGCCAAAUCUAAGAACACAUCUCCCUCUGCUGGAAAAAAACCUGCCAGCAGCAAGAAAACAUCAGGAUCGGGAAACAAAUCGCAGAAAGAAAAGACGAAAGGAAGCAAGAAAAAGAAAGAGCCGAAGAAAACAAAAGUGUUACCCUGUGUGGAUGUCUCUGCGAUUGCAUCGGUCUCUGCUGCUCCAGGGAAUGAUUCAGACUCAGACACCAGUUUAGAUUUGGAGAAAUGGAGGAAAGUGGCGUCUCAGUUAUCAGAUGCUGAUAGAGCCAAGAUGGACGUUCUCUCAAUACUGGAUGAAUCUGUUGUCUCAACGACUAGGAAAUCCACAGCAAAGAGAAAGCCGAGACAGCCAGCAAAGGCCAAAAAAGACCCAAAACCAGCCAAUAAGGGAAAGUCAAGUACACCAGUAAAAACCAACAACACAGCCAAACCUGAGGACGUUCCUGCAGCAUCUACACCUCAGUCAGACGAGUCUAAGAGCGAAGACGCUGCAGUCAUUUCCCAAGUUAAAACACCACCCAAAAAGACUGUAAAAAAGCUUAAUAGUAGUGUAUCAGGGAUUGACGUGGCCGAGGCAGCACAUUCAGUACAAAAUAAAACGAAUAUAUCUGGAGGAUCAGACUCAGAAGGGAUUAAGAGUCCUAAAAAAGUUCAUUUUAAAUUAUCUGAUAGUGUUUCAGAGCAGUGUGAGAGCCCUAAAAUAGCUCAGACUGAAAAUGGCACGUCAGAAACACCGAGCAUUGUCGAGACUCCGUCUAAAAAACAUAAGAAGAAGAAAAGCCAGCCUGAAGCUGGAGAUGCUGAAACCAGCUUAGAUAUUAAAGAGGGUACGAAUGGUUCAAGCAAAGCACUCAGUGAAGAAACCAACGCUGAGCAAUCAGAGACACUUUCAAGGAAAGUGAAGAAAAGCAAGAAGUCUAAAAAUGUUGAUGAGACGCUGAAAACGGAUGUUUCGUCUGUGAUUGAAUCCGCAGAUUCCUCAUGUAAAAAAGAUGAACUGAUGGUCAAUGAAGAGCUUGAAGAACCAGUCCAAUCUGAAACGCCAUCUAAAAAAGCUAAAGCCAAGAAAGUGAAAAGCUCUGAAGAUCCCGGUGAGCUGGAAACACCGCUUAAAAGGACAAAAACAGAUGCAGAUGUGCUGCAGUCGGACUCUACUAACAACUCCUUGAAGAAGAAGAAGAAGAAGAGCAAGACAGCUGCUGAUGGUGUGGAGAUCCAGAAUGAGAUAUCUCCAGAUGGAAAUGAGGACACCUCCAGUCAAGAGGUCAAAACAACAAAAAAGAAAAAACACAAAAUAGAAGAAGAAGAAGCCGCAGUGGAGGAAGAGCAGGAGGAGGAGGAGGCUGAGCCCAAGAAGAAGAAAAAGAAGAAGAAAGUCAAAGAGGAUGAAGAUGCAGAGCCUGCUCUUCAGACUCCAGAAGAAGAAGAAGCCGCAUCUGUUCCUGCAUUAGUCAAUCCGAAGAAAAAAAAGAAGAAGAAAGGGAAGGAGAGGGAAGCAGCAGAGGAAGAUGAUGCAUCUCCUGUAUCUGCUCCGCCUGAGGAGGUGCAGAUUCCCAAAAAGAAAAAGAAGUCAUCCAAGGAGAAGCAGCUCAGUAAUGAGGAAGAUCAUGGACUCAACAGCACAUAACAGAUGGAGUAGACUUGAUCUCCCCCUGAGGAAAAACUGAUGAAAUAAUCAUAAUAAUAGUGACUUAACAUGAAUGCAUGCUCUGUCCACACUGUCUGGAUCAUGGGUUCAUAUGCUUGUUAGUCAGCAUUUGAAUGUUUCAUAUUUUGUAUGGAGAGCUGGAUUUUAAGAGAAAUCUAGUUUUGUUUAGUUUUUUUUAUAUUUUUAUAACUGGACUUUCUGAAAUUAAGAAGGGUUUUUUGCCUUUUUUUAUUCUUUUAAAACUUUUUAUGAAAAUAAAAUAUGAAACCCAUGAAAAUAAAUCAAUGUUUUUAGGAAAAUGUAAAUGAUGUAUGACUGCUUAAGGCACUGAAUUCAGUCGUUCUGUGUUCAAAUAUGGUCAUUUUUGGUGAAUUAAAAUACAAAUGAGAUGUUUUAUUUA